UUAUAUAUCUCACAACUCUUCACCUUUCCUACCAGAACGACGACCAGAUCAGUGCAAUGGCAACUUCACUCGGUUCAACAUGUUCGAUUUUUGGGUUCAUGGCUUCGUUGGUGCUCUUGGGCUUUGGCAGCAGAUUGACUGCAGGCAGUGACCCCCCACUGACGUUGGACUACUAUGCAAAGUCUUGCCCCACGGUGCUCGAGAUUGUGAGGAAGGAGAUGGAAUGUGCUGUGCUCUCCGAUCCCCGGAAUGCUGCCUUCAUUGUUCAGUUGCACUUUCACGAUUGCUUCGUUCAGGGUUGUGAUGGGUCGGUUCUGCUGGACAACACGAUCACACUUCGAGGGGAGAAACUAGCUCCGACCAAUAUCCAUUCACUAGGAGGUUUCCGCAUAAUAGACAGGAUCAAGAACAAGCUUGAAUCGGAGUGCCCCGGUGUUGUUUCAUGUGCAGACAUCUUAACCAUUGCUGCCAGAGAUGCUAUCAUCCUGGUGGGUGGACCUUAUUGGGAUGUUCCACUCGGAAGAAAGGACUCGAGGACUGCGAGCUAUGAGCUUGCAGCCGCAAAUCUCCCAGCUCCUGAUGAGAGCCUCCCAAGCAUCAUAUCCAAGUUCCUCUUCCAGGGCCUCUCUGUCACUGACAUGGUGGCACUUGCAGGGGCACACACAAUUGGGAUGGCACAGUGCAAGAACUUCAGGUCGAGAAUCUAUGGUGACUAUGACCUCACCUCAUCGAAAACCUUAUCAUCAGAGUCACACCUGAACGAACUAAAGUCCAUUUGCCCUCCGAUUGGCAGAGGAGAGAACAACAUUGCACCGAUGGACUAUGUAACUCCGAACCUGUUUGACAACUCAUUCUAUCAUCUUCUCGUAAACGGAGAAGGGCUGCUGAACUCGGACCAGGAGAUGUACUCCAGCAUCUUGGCGGUCCAGACGAAGGAGAUUGUGAAGAAAUAUGCAGCAGAUCCGAUUGCCUUCUUUGUGCAAUUCUCGGAGUCGUUUGUGAAGAUGGGGAAUAUUACGAAUCCGGAAAGCUUUGUCAAUGGAGAGGUGAGGAAGAACUGCAGGUUUGUCAAUACAGGAGCUCAGAAGGACUCUGCUUAGACAAAUUUUCCGUAAAACUAUACGAGAUAAUGUUCUAUUUCCAAUUGAUGAUUAUUGUUCAUGAGAUGUAUGGAUGAUGAUGUACUAAAUACUUGCAUACAUCGGGAUUUAUCUUGCGAUGUUUCUCGAAUUUCAAAACGUUUUGUUUAA